CAAUGUAAAGGUCAUAUAUACUGUCGCGCCAUUUCUGAAUAUGACCUGGAAGUACAUCGGUACAGGCGCGACGUAAUUUCCCCUUCACGAAUCUACGCAAACUAGUCGUUUUGAUUCAAUUAACGACCUCCCAUCCUUUCCAGAAUGGCACCAACUGACAACAUCGCCACUCUCUCUGAUCGAGAGCUGAGUGAGAAGCUUCGGCAGUAUGGUGUGAAUGUUGGCCCUAUCGUCAAAUCUACACGAGGCCUGUAUGAAAAGAAGCUUCGUAAGUUUGUGCUGGGCCAAGUGAGUAAGCCAAAAUACGAGGAGGUUCCUGAUGAUGACGAAGAUGACGAAGAUGAUGAAGAAGAAGAAGAAGAAGAAGAGAAGUAUCAAGAAAAACCAGCCCCAGUGAGCAGACCAACAAGGAAUGAACCACGACGGAGAGUGCCACCGAUGCCAGCCACGCCGCCACGGGGGAAACCUGUACAGUUGGAGGAGCGCGUGACCACCACCACGUCACGUCAAACUCGCACUGCACCACCACCCACGACAAAACCAAAGUCCAAGGGGUUCCCAGUAUGGAUAAUUCUAUUGGUCAUCUUGAUUCUUGUUGGCCUUGGAUACCUAAUUCUGCAAAACAUGGAAUCGGCCGGAGAAAGUAAUAUCCCAAGAGAGAUAGAGUCGGAAACUGUGUAGUCUGCUUGAGACAUCCGUCUUGGCUCAGCAAGCACAUUUGCUGUUAUGACAACAGCUAACAACUUCCUUCUCACGCCAGGUCAAUGUUGUGACCUCUGACCUCACACCUGUGGUCCACAGCUGUAUAUAUACAAGUGUCACAUUGGUUAAAAAUGUUACAAUGUCAUAAAUUGAAUUUAUGUCCGAAGAAAAAGGGUUUCAUGAUAAAUGUGUAUGUAAAUCGGAUGUUAGCCCUAUUACCAAGGCUGUUAUGAAUAUGGUGUACAUUAAAUAACAAACAAAUGUCAUGGCAGUUAGCUUUGAUUCAUAUUGGGUUGGUCAUUUGUUGGUAAGGUAAAUUAAGUUCUCGGUUAUGAUAAUUAAUAUGUACAGACGAAAAAUCAUGACAUGUGUUGCCAUAUUCACAAGUUCAAACUGAUAGUGUUUGUUGCACAUUUUCUGACAUGAAUCGGGGGCACGGGUGGCCCUGUCGUCUAAGGCGCCGUGAUUCGCUGUGCAGAGUUGCGUCCCUUGGGCAUGCCAGAAACCUAUGAUUGUGGGUUCGAAUCCCAAUUCGCCCCAAUUAUGUUUCUAGUGCUCGUGGGUUUCACCGAAGUGGUAAACGUCUCAGACCUGCAUCACUUUGGGCUUUCCUCCCACAUUAAGCCGACACGCUGUGAUAUAACUGGAAUACUGUUAAAAGCGGCGUUAAAAACCCAACUCACUCACUCUGACAUGAAUCUCUGAACCACUGCUUUUUGUGCACACAGCUCUACAGUGCUAUGUUAUGUUGCUUCAACAGUAAUUGAAUGCACUGGGCUUUGGAUGGGUUAGGAAUGAAUCAUAAUGUUCAAUUGAGUGGUGUCAAGAUUCACUGUUGUAUCGAUGCUUUGAGAAUAUACACCAGCGUUCGAAAUACCUGCCUGCUUGCCCGACCGUCCGAGACGGGUUGAUUUCAACUCGGGCUGCCAGAUUUUCAAAUCCCCCUGCCCGACGGUCUGGUUAUAUUUCAUAGGUGAAAAUAUUCUAAAUAUUUCCCGAUGAUAAGCAUUAAUUCACAUGUAAAGAUGAAUGAUAAAAUGUAACCAAAAAGAAACUCUGUUAGCUUUAAGACAACCUAACAUUUAGCGAUGCGCUUAUGCUACAAGCAAUCAGUUUUCAUAUUUUUAAUUCAAUUAUCCUGAGAAACAUAUGAUUAUAGUGGGCAGGCAGGUUUUGGUCAGGGCUGGCAAGUAUUUCAGCUAGCCAGUCCUGAGGUCUGGCUGAAAUUUUUGGCAGUUUCAUACCCUGUAUACACAUGGUGAUAAUAUACACGAUGAGGCUACCCAAUUAUUGAUUCAUUUUAUGAUUCUCUGUCGAUUUAAUAAAACAUUUGUUGCAGUAACGUGGCUACAUGGGCUAGCAUUAUGUUACCAUGACAACAGAACAUACUUCUAACUCUGAUUGUAUAACAGUAAUACAACAAGCCUGAAUUUACCCAUGAGAGUUAAAGUCUAAUUGGUCGAUAGAAACAGCCUCUCAUUGCUUGGCCAUUCAAAAUGGAUUUAGUUUGCUUGUCAGGGUUUGUUAUUUGACUUCAUGCUAUUUAGCCCCAUGUUUGCAGCAAAUGUCAGUAGAUAUUCCCAGACUAAAGCACGCAAGUUGACACACACACUGUCAUUGUUGUGAGACGUUAAAUCGUCUUUUCUUACCCCCAAGGUCAUGUCCACAGUCACAAAAUUACAUAACAAUGAAGAAAAUAUUUUGAUUGAAGUAUGAAAUAUUACGAAAAGUGAGUUUUUAGUCAGAUCAAUGAUUAUUAUUCGAUAAUAGCCCAUUUCUGGUGUCCCCCGCCAUGAUAUUGCUGGAAUAUUGCUAAAAGUGGUGUAAAACCAUACUCACUCACUCACUAUUCGAUAAUAACCAAGUUUUGUCUCGUGAUUUUGUGUUUAAUGGAAAGUACUGGUGUAAAACAAGGUGCCAAAAUGAUGGUUGACUGUAGGUGGCUAUCAUUAAACAUCAGCUCUGAAUCAAGUACUGGGUUGGUUGGUUGGUUGGUUGUCACUGUAUUUCAACAUCAGUGAGCUUAGAUCCAUGCCCCUGUUUUCUAACCACUAGUCAGCAGGUACUGGAAAAUACUGUGUCUUUAACAUGUUGAAAGGCUGAUUCUAUUUUCAUCAAUAUUUCUUGACUACUUUCCAAACAUCCAACAUGUCCAUGGUGUUAGUGUUUUGUUUGCUUGUUACUCUUUAUGAUAUUACUGAUCCCUGUCGAUGGAGAUGAGAUUGCGUGUAGUCGUCCUAUGCAUGUAUGUUAAUAAUGAUUAGCAUCCCAAGUGUCCUUUUGCUAGUUGUGGUGUAUUUAUUUGCUUAAAAUGUCAUCUAGAUGAAUAUAUAUAUCACCAUGGUAACUGGUUUAUGCUCUGAACGUGAUCUGUAAAGAUACUAAUUUUUUUUGCAAUUUUUAACUUGUAUUUUUAGCUUCUGCUUCCCAAUAUUUAUAAACAUUGAUCAUUUGGAUGUUAUUCAGAAAGGACAGUGUUGUGAAAAGUAUUGUUUUGUCUUCAGAAAAGGGUACAUGUUAAUGCUCCUAGGCAGAAAUGUUAGCCUCAACUGAAAUCACAGUCUACAUGUUAUGUUAAUGUUGAACAGCUAUAAGCUAUCAGGCUGUUCCCUCACCGAGGAUGAAUAUCAAUGCUCACCUGUAGGCACAAGGCUAUUUGAAAUUAUCAUUCUACUAUCACGAAGGGCCUAUAAUUUUUUUGACAUGUUAUAAAUUAUCUAUCGUUACGAUGCCCCCAUGUCAAAUCGCUCAGCUGGACAUUUGGCACAACCUUUUCGAGGUUUUAAAGAUUGAAAUUUGAAAGUCUUCUUUCUCACUAGCCCUGUGGGCUUGUAAAGUUUUUGAGUUACUUUCCAUUUAUUCGCACGGCAGUGUUUGUUGAUAGUUUUAUUAUGAAUAUGCCACUUUCUAGUGGUGAAUUUAGCAAUAAAAUCACUUUGCUUACAGAAA